AUGCCAAGCACAUGGAGUAUACAUUUGAUCAGAUGCGUGCUGAGUGCUGCCAGGAAGGCAGACACCAAGACCUUCUGCUGCCUCGUCAGAGGGUAUGCCAAUCCCGUCCUUUUUCACAAGGUGAUCAGCGGUGUUAAAUUGGCUGGAAAAUUGGAGAUACCUGAAAAUACCUCAUUCGUUAAUGCUGUCAUAUAUGCAUGUGCCAAAGGCGGAGGAUUUAAUGGAGAUGAAAAGAGUUUUCAAGCGAAUGAAGAUAAAAGUUGCCAACGAGAUUCUACAACUUCCUUUGUUAUGAUUGAUGCAUAUAGAAAAGAAGGUAUGAAUAAUAAGGUCUAUGAUCUGGAGCAAGAAAAUCAGAUGAUGACUGCUGAUGUUUCUACCAUAAUGACUAAACAGAUGCUUCACUGA